AUGGACCACGUGGUCCUGGACCGUCUCAAUGAACACGUAGAGGACGGGGACGAGUUCGCCCUCUCCAUGUUCGGUUUCAGGACACACCUGUCCACCCAAGGCGUACUCCUUCAGUUAAAAAAGCGGGUGAUGCAACCCGGAAGUCCUGCGGACGCUCGCCGAUGCCUCCUGAACCUCGACCUGAAGAAGGCCUUCGACAAUGUCGCCCACGCAGUGGUGCUCGAAAGCCGGACCCAACUGGGGGUCGGAAACCGAGCAUACCUAUGCGUACAAAACUUUCUCACCGACCGGAAGUGCCGGAUCAAAGUCGGAGAGCACGAAACUGACAUUUUAGAGCUGGGGAGUGCGGCAAUGGAAGCUGCGUUGGGGCAGUUACUGUUCGCUUUCUCCGUGAACCUGUACAAGCAGCUUCUCAACGAGGACAGCAAGGCCAACGGUAACAACCUGCUGUGUUCGCCGCUCACCAUCGCGGCAACACUGGGAAUGACGCUUGCCGGAGCCCGCAACGACACCGCCAAACAGAUCCGAGAUCUUUUCGUCACAGGCGUACGUUUUGACCCCAUCCGCGUGCUACUGACCGAAUAA